AUGCCCCCCUCAGAGGCGUCUGGGACUGUGAGAAAGAAGGAGGCUCUUGGCCAGGCAAAGGCCUCCCCCUUCGUGUCCAAGGUGAAGGAACUGCGUCUGCAGAGAGAUGACUUUGAGAUCUUGAAGGUGAUCGGCCGAGGGGCCUUCGGGGAGGUCGCCGUGGUGAGGCAGAGGGACAGUGGACAGAUCUUCGCCAUGAAAAUGCUGCACAAGUGGGAGAUGCUGAAGAGGGCUGAGACAGCCUGUUUCCGGGAGGAGCGUGACGUCCUGGUGAAAGGGGACAGCCAGUGGGUGACCGCUCUGCACUAUGCUUUCCAAGACGAGGAGUAUCUGUACCUGGUGAUGGACUAUUACGCCGGUGGGGAUCUUCUCACGCUGCUGAGUCGCUUUGAGGACCGCCUCCCGCCCGAGCUGGCCCAGUUCUACCUGGCAGAGAUGGUGCUGGCCAUCCACUCCCUGCACCAGCUGGGCUACGUCCACAGGGACGUCAAGCCGGACAAUGUCCUCCUGGACAUGAACGGGCACAUCCGCCUGGCCGACUUUGGCUCCUGCCUGCGUCUGAACAAUAGUGGCAUGGUGGACUCGUCCGUGGCAGUUGGGACGCCAGACUAUAUCUCCCCUGAGAUCUUGCAGGCCAUGGAGGAGGGCAAAGGCCACUACGGCCCACAGUGCGACUGGUGGUCGCUGGGAGUCUGCGCCUACGAGCUGCUCUUCGGGGAGACGCCCUUCUAUGCCGAGUCCCUGGUGGAAACCUACAGCAAGAUUAUGAACCAUGAGGACCAUCUGCAGUUCCCCCCGGAUGCGCCUGAUGUACCGGCCAGUGCCCGAGACCUGAUCCGACAGCUGCUGUGUCGCCAGGAGGAACGGCUGGGCCGUGGAGGGCUGGACGACUUCCGGAACCAUCCCUUCUUUGAAGGCGUGGACUGGGAGAGGCUGGCGACUAGUACGGCCCCCUACGUCCCUGAGCUUCGCGGACCCGUGGACACCUCCAACUUCGAUGUGGAUGACAACACCCUCAACCAUCCAGGGACUGUGCCGCCACCCUCCCAUGGGGCCUUCUCGGGCCACCACCUGCCAUUUGUGGGCUUCACCUACACCUCUGGCAGCCACAGUCCUGAGAGUGGCUCUGAGGCCUUGGCUGCACUGGAGCGGAAAUUACGCUGUUUGGAGCAGGAGAAAGCAGAGCUGGGCCGGAAGCGCCAAGAGGCCCCACACGUCCACCCAGACCACCGGGAGCUGGAACAGCUUCGGAAGGAAGUGCAGACCCUCCGAGAGAGGCUGGCAGAGACGCUGAGGGACAAGGCCCCUUCGUGUCAAACGGAUGGGACCCCUGCUGGCAGCCCAGGUCAGGACAGUGACCUCCUGCAGGAGAGAGACCGGCUUCAGCAGGUGAGGCUCCGAGAGGCAGAGCUGGGCCGAGCCCAGGGGCAGCAGGGAGAGCUGCUUCAGAGGCUGCAGGAAGCCCACGAGAGACAGGCGGCCACAGCCAGCCUGGUUCAGGCCCUGAGCUCCCAGCUGGAAGGAGCCAGAGCUGCCCGGAGGGAGCUGGAGGCCCAGGUGGCCACCCUGAGCCGGGAGGUGACACGGCUGCAGGAACAGCAGAAACGAAGCCUUGAUGAGGCAUUUUCCCGGACCAAGACCGUCCACGCAGCCUCUGAGACCAACGGCACGGGACCCCCCGAGGGUGGGCCUCAGGAGACGCUGCUGAGGAAGGAGGUGGCUGCACUGCGUGAGCAGUUGGAGAGAGCCCGCAGCCACGGGCCGAGCGGGAAGGAGGAAGCUCUGUGUCGGCUGGAGGAAGAGAACCGACGGCUGAGCCUGGAGCAGGAGAGGCUGGUGGAGGAGCUGGUGCAGGAGCACCAGAACAAGCAGCGGCUGGAGGGCGAGCGGCGGGAGACCGAGAGCAACUGGGAGGCCCAGAUCGCCGACAUCCUCAGCUGGGUGAACGAUGAGAAGGUUUCGAGAGGGUACCUGCAGGCCUUGGCCACCAAGAUGGCCGAGGAGCUGGAGUCCUUGAGGAAUGUGGGCACCCAGACGCUCCCUGCCCGGCCGCUGGACCACCAGUGGAAGGCGCGGCGGCUGCAGAAGAUGGAGGCGUCGGCCAGGCUGGAGCUGCAGUCGGCUCUGGAGGCCGAGAUCCGCGCCAAGCAGGGCCUGCAGGAGCGGCUGACUCAGGCUCAGGAGGCCCAGCGGCUGGCAGAGCGCCGUCUGCAGGAGGCUGAGAAGCAGAGCCAGGCCCUGCAACAGGAGCUGGCUGGGCUGCGCCAGGAGCUGCAGGCCCGUGGGCCAGGGGACAGCAAGUCCUCAAACUCCCUGAUUCCCUUCCUGUCCUUCCGGAGCUCAGAGAAGGAUUCUGCCAAGGACCCCGGCGUCUCAGGAGAGGUCCCAAGGCCUGGGGCGGAACCAGAGCUGCGGCCAGAAGGCCGACGCAGUCUGCGCAUGGGGGCUGUGUUCCCCAGAGCACCUGCUGCCACCUCAGCCCCUGUGGAAAGCCCUGCUAAGCCUGGCUCACACAUGCUGCGUCCCCGAAGCUUCCAGUCCCCCACCAAGUGUCUCCGCUGCACCUCGCUGAUGCUGGGCCUAGGCCGCCAGGGUCUGGGCUGUGACG